GCACAGCUCACUGGGCAGGGGGAGGGCUUUUAUUUUGAAGAGGGCUCUACAGGAAGUAAAGGGAAAGGACCGGGAUCACGGAGAGCUCCCUGCGGGAAUCUCUCUCUCUCCUUUUCUUCAUCUCUGCUCUGCUUUCCGACCCACGAUUGAAACAAAAAACACACACACACACACAAGAGCCCGCGUCCCAGGCAGCCAUGUCCGAGACUUACGACUUCCUGUUCAAGUUUCUGGUGAUUGGGAAUGCAGGUACAGGCAAGUCAUGUCUCCUCCACCAGUUCAUCGAGAGAAAAUUCAAAGAGGACUCGAAUCACACCAUUGGAGUGGAGUUUGGCUCGAAGAUUAUAAACGUGGUGAAUAAAUUUGUCAAGCUGCAGAUCUGGGACACUGCAGGGCAAGAGCGAUUCAGGUCAGUCACCAGGAGCUACUACAGAGGGGCUGCAGGGGCUCUGCUGGUCUAUGACAUCACCAGCCGAGAAACCUACAACGCACUCACCAACUGGCUGACGGACGCCAGGAUGCUGGCCAGCCAGAACAUCGUCAUCAUCCUGUGUGGCAAUAAGAAGGAUUUGGAUGCAGACAGGGAGGUGACGUUCCUGGAGGCUUCAAGGUUUGCUCAAGAAAACGAGCUGAUGUUCCUGGAGACGAGCGCACUCACAGGGGAGAAUGUGGAGGAGGCCUUUGUGCAGUGUGCCAGGAAAAUCCUGAACAAGAUUGAAUCGGGGGAAUUGGAUCCAGAGAGAAUGGGAUCAGGGAUUCAGUACGGAGAUGCCGCUUUGAGACAGCUGAGGUCGCCCCGCAGAGCCCAGGCCCAGAGCACCCAGGAAUGUGGCUGUUAGUGACAGAAAGACACCCUACUGGAAACAAGGUCUGAUGAGAAGAGGAGGAGAGAGGCAGGGAAACCUCGGAUCGGGCUCAGGGGGGUGAGCGAUUCCCCGACCUUCCUUGCGGUACAUAUCGAGGUGCUGUCGGAGAGACUCGGGGUGUCCCCUGGGGCUCGGCCUGCUCUGGAGCGUUUAGCAGAAGAGACCUAACCGGAUGUGGCCAGCGUGGUCGCAGACUCUUCCUGAUGUCCGUGCCCUAACCUGCCCACUCAUGAGCACCUUCCUCUCCCUGUUCGCCCGCUGUUACAUCUUGCCUAAGUGCUUCAUGUAUAAAGUAUUAAUUACACUGUUACCCUCUUUAAAAGCAUGUUUUAUUGACUGAGCUAUAGAGUAUUAAUCAUUAGGUUAUGGCACCAGUGACUCAGUUUGACCAUAUCCUAUUAACGACUGUCAGAUUCCUAAAUGAGCUUUUCAUCAGUCAUGAUCUGUCACAUUGGCUUGUUGUAUUGACCUGUCGUUUCUGCUGAUUUCUGUGACUGUUGUAUCUACUAGAUUCUUUUAUGAUGACGUCACUCAUGCAUUGUUAAUUUAUGUCCGUAACAAGUUUUUUUUUAAAUAAAUGAUUAUAAGAUUUUUUUUUAUCA